CUUCCUUCUUUACCCCUCUUCCAAUCAACCCGGUGAUGCAACUGUACGCUCUGUGUCUAUUCAUCCGGCUGGAAUCCUUGUCUUAGUUUGCUGGUGGUGCGGGGUGUUUUGUUUGGCCAUGAUGGGGAUUCCACAUUUACUUAAACCGCAACUGAACGCUGCCCCUCAGCCUCUUCUCAGGGUCCAGGCGAUUCCCCACCAACGAAUCCAGUGCUCUUAGCGUCAAUCGACAGUCUCAGCCAUCAUCAUGAAGUUCACAGAGGGCAUGUGGCGGAUCCGGGAGGGGAUCCGGAUCGACUGGAUGAACAAUGUCGAGCGAUUGAACAUCGAGAAUGAGACCGUGGAUCUGCUGUUGAACAAGUUCCAGCGUCAUCGCGGUGAUACUCUCAACUCGGCUACGAUCUCGGCACAGGUUACGUCUCCACUAGAGGGGAUUAUUGGCGUGAAGCUUGUUCACUGGGCCGGCGGCAUCGGCAAGGGCCCGCACUAUGAGCUCAACCAGUCAACCGGACACGUCAAGAUCGAGCACCAGGAGAACGAAGCACUACGGUACAACAGCGGGUCGCUCGAUCUGGCGGUGCGGACGGUGCAGAACGAACUGGACUUCGUGUUCUCGUCCGCCACCAACAACAAGAAAAAGAAGCUGACAGGCCACUCGUGGCGGUCGAUCGGCUACAUCGGCGACCAAACGACGGAGAAGUCCCGGUGGGACGAUGGCAUCUUCUUCGAGCGACAGGGGUACAUGCUCGCGGCGCUGGACCUGGGCGUCGGUGAGAAGGUGUACGGGCUGGGUGAGCGGUUCGGCCCGUUCAUCAAGAACGGGCAGACGGUCGACAUCUGGAACGAGGACGGCGGCACCUCGUCCGAGCUGGCCUACAAGAACAUCCCCUUCUACUUGAGCUCGGCGGGUUACGGCGUGUUCGUCAACCACCCCGGGAAAGUCAGUCUGGAGCUGCAGUCGGAGCGCACCACCCGCGUGAACAUCUCCGUGCCUGGCGAGGAGCUCGAGUAUUUCGUUAUCUAUGGCGAUACGCCUAAGGAUAUUCUGGACCGCUACACUGCGUUGACGGGCCGGCCUAGUUUGGUGCCUGCUUGGAGUUAUAAUCUGUGGUUGACGACCAGCUUUACGACCAACUAUGACGAGAAGACCGUCACCGGCUUCCUUGACGGGUUCCGCGACCGAGACAUCCCCCUGGGCGUGUUCCACUUCGACUGCUUCUGGAUGAAGUCGUACCAAUGGUGCGACUUCGAGUUCGACUCGGCCAUGUUCCCGGACGCAGCAGGGUACAUCAAGCGGUUGAAGGAGCGAGGGCUGCGGAUCAGCGUAUGGCUGAACCCGUACGUGGGCCAAGCAUCGCCGCUCUUCAAAGAAGGCAAAGAGAAAGGCUACUUCAUCAAGCGCACGGACGGCAGCGUCUGGCAAUGGGACUACUGGCAAGCCGGAAUGGCAAUCGUAGACUUCACGAACCCGUCAGCACGGGAAUGGUUCCAGCGCCACCUACAACGCCUCCUGGACCUCGGAAUCGACAGCUUCAAGACGGACUUCGGCGAACGCAUCCCCUACCGCAACAUCAGCUACCACGACACCUCCGUCGACCCGAGCCGAAUGCAUAACUACUACACGCUCCUCUUCAACGAACUCUGCUACACGACCCUCCAAUCGCACGACCCCACCAACCGCAGCGCCGCGGUCCUCUUCGCCCGGUCCACCGCAGCAGGCGGGCAGAAGUUCCCAAUCCACUGGGGCGGCGACUGCGAGUCGACGUACGAAGCGAUGGCGGAGUCGCUGCGCGGGUGCCUGUCGCUGUCGCUCUCGGGGUUCGUCUUCUGGGCCUCGGACAUCGGCGGCUUCGAGGGCACCCCGCCACCGGACGUCUACAAGCGCUGGGUGCAGUUCGGGCUGCUCUCCACGCACUCCCGUCUCCACGGCAGCCACUCGUUCCGCGUGCCCUGGAUCUACGGCGAGGAUUGCUCCGAGGUGUUGAGGGAGUGUGUGCGGAGGAAGAUCGCGCUUACGCCUUACUUGCUGGCGAAUGCGAUACAGGGUGGAAGGAGGGGAACCCCUGUUAUGCGCCCGCUGUUGCUUGAGUUUCCGGAGGAUUUGAAUGCUUGGGCGGUGGAUACGGUCUAUAUGCUUGGUGAUGCGUUGCUUGUUGCCCCCGUGUUUAGUGCCGAUGGCGAGGUGACGUUUUAUGUUCCUCGGGCUGCUGCCGAGGAGGAGAGUGAGGGGCAUGAUGCGAAAUGGGUCUCUUGGUUCGAUCAUGCGAAAACGUAUGAGGGCGGUCGCUGGUAUACUGAAACGCAUGGUUUCGAUUCCCUGCCCUUGCUUAUCCGUCCUGGCGCUGUCGUCCCGGUCAACUUCUCUCUCAAGAGGCCUGAGGAUGAUCCCUUGGUUGGGCUUGAGGUGCUUGUUAAUGGGCCCUUGAAGGAAGAGGUGCAGGUUGAGGUUGUGGAUCCCGUACGCGCGCAUGAGGUGCUGAAGGUCGUGAAUCUUAAGGGGGCUGCGGAUGGGGAGGUUAGUGCUGAUGUCGAGGGGGUGAAGGUUACUCGGAUUCUGUGAUUAGUUUUGAGAUAGGGCUAAGUAGGGAAUGGGGUACUUUGAGUCAUUAUUGCAUUAGUAUUAUUACAUCGCUGUUAG